GGUGUUCGACCGGGUCCAGUUGCCUACGCAGUUCCAUCCUUGCCUCUAACCUCAUUCGCAUCCAUCGGAGAAACGUCUUCGCUGAAGCGAAACCCUCCGAUGACUUAUUCAGCAAAUAUCGACACCUGUUGACGGCCUGCCAAAACAUGAAUGCAAGGUUUCAGUUGAUUCUUCUGAAUGUACUCUUAGAGCUUUGGCUUCAAGUUCUUCUAUCCUCCACGGAAAUGGUAGAAGUUCCAAUCAUUGGCAGAAAAACUCAGAGGAUAGUGUCUAGAGUUACGAGAGGGUUGAGGCUGCAUAAGAGACAGUCAGGUAGAUUUACACAACAUAUAAAACCUGCAAAAGAAAUUGAUCCAAUACCCGAAGGUCCUAAAGUCCUCAUGCCGAGGAUAUCUCCGGAAGAUAUGAAACAAUUUGUAAAUCAAGCUGCAGAAACGAUACGUGUAAGGCUGGAAAGUACGGAGCCCAGUAUAUAUAGAAGCGGAGCGGUUCAAAAACCAGGAACACCAGAAUAUUACGCUUCCGCAACAACAAGAGUUAAAGCUAUAGCCAAGAAUUAUUCUAGAAUUGCUUUACUUGCCGAGGAAGCAACAAGACUGAUAUCAAGAUCGUAUAAACUAAGCAAGGAGCAAGUAGCAUAUAGCUUGCCUACAGCUGAUAUCAGAGGAACGCUUCUAAAUACUGCUUGUCCUCUAGAAGUGGAUUUUCCAUGCCAACCAAGGAAAUACAGAGCUUUUAGCGGAUACUGCAAUAAUGUUCAAAAUCCAAGCUGGGGCAAUGCAAAUCGACGUUUUGUUAGGUUUCUUGUCCCAGAUUAUGCUGACUCUGUUUCAUUGCCACGCCAAUCUGCGAAUGGAGGAUUUUUACCAAGUGCUCGGGAGAUCAGCUUGUCAGUUCACACGGACACCGAUCGACCACAUACACACGUGACGACUAUUUUGGCUAUUUUUGGAGAAUUUGUAUUCCAUGAUUUGGCUCACGUUGGGCAAGCAGCGGGAUAUGAAGGUAGUCGUAUUAAAUGCUGUGGUGUUGAAAAAGUACAGUUUCAUCCGGAAUGUUAUCCUAUCCGUAUACAUCCUUCUGACCCUGUUUUCGGCCGUCGAAGCCAGAAUUGCAUGGAAUACACCAGAUCAAGCACAGCACCGCGAAUCGGGUGUACUUUGGGUCCCAGAGAGCAAAUUAAUCAAGUAACUUCCUUUUUGGAUGGGUCGGUUAUAUAUGGAUCAUCCGUCGAAGAAGCCGAUUCUUUGAGAACGUUUAAAGGCGGAGAAUUGAAGACGUACAGGACGUCUGAAGGCCGCGAGUUACUACCACCAGACAAUGAGCAAUCGUACUGCAAAAGUACUGGGCAGUCGAGAUGCUUCCUUGCAGGAGAUGCACGUGCAAACGAAAAUGCUGGAUUAACUGUUCUACAUACCGUAUGGGUUCGAGAACAUAAUCGCAUCGCUCGUGCCCUUGCUGAGCUAAAUCCUCAUUGGGAUGACCAUGAAAUUUUCGAGGAAGCUCGAAGAAUAGUGGGAGCUGAAUUGCAACAUAUAACAUACAAGGAGUUGCUACCAGCAAUUUUGGGUCAAGACAUUGUUGAUAAGUAUGAUUUGCAACCUCAAGACAGUGGACACUAUACAGGUUACGACAUUAAUAUCAAUGCUGGGAUAUCCAAUGCCGUCGCUUCUGCUGUAUUUUCUUUCUUAUUUUCAAUGAUGCCAUCCCACUUCGAACUGUACUCGAAAGACUACAAGAAACUGGGAUCAAAGCCUAUGAGUGAUACAUUCUUUCAACCUUCCGAUAUGUAUGAUCCAAAUAAGUUUAAUGAAUACUUACUUGGCUUAGUAAGUCAGAAAGCUCAAAACAGGGAUGAAUUCAUUACUAAAGAAAUGACGAAUAAUAUACCCACAGAUUCAAGUGCAAGCUCUGCAACAGAUUUGGCCGCAUUUAUUUUGCAACAGGGCAGAGACCACGGAAUUCCUGGAUACACGCAGUGGAGAAAAUUUUGUCGAGCUGAUCCUAUUAUCAACAAUUUCAAUGAUUUAAAAGCAGUCAUGGCGAGCGACACCAUAGAAAAGCUGAAACGGAUAUACAAUAAUGUUCAUGAUAUUGACCUUUUCACUGGCGGCUUAGCUGAGACUCCUUUAAACGGAGCAGUAACUGGCCCAACUUUUGCAUGCUUAAUUGGAAGGCAAUUUCAUUAUUUAAGACGUGGUGACCGUUUCUGGUAUGAGAACGACAUACCUCCAUCAUCAUUUACAAAAGAACAAUUAUCCGAAAUCAGAAAAAGCACUCUGGCUCGUGUACUGUGUGACAAUGCCGAUUCUGCUGAUUUUAUGGCGCCAUCGGCAAUGUACGUCAGUGACCCUUUCCUAAACGCAUACCAAACAUGCAGUUCAGGAGACAUACCAGUAAUGGAUUUAAGCAAGUGGAAAACUCAGUUCCCUCGUUUUCAAGUGUCUGCUAGAGUUUUGCAAGAUUCACUUUCUCGAGCAAAGAGGCAAGCAGCUGAACUAAUGGAAACUGAAAGAAUUUCUGUGAAUAAAAAAAAUGGUCUGGCUGGAGAUAAAAGUCCUCAAGCUGCGCACCUUAGUUUUCUUCGACCAAAACGUCAAGCACAACUUAUCUCAAAUCAAUCAGUUGUCUUAGAAUUCGCUUCUCAAAAUUUUGCUUAUAAUUAUCGAAACCAAAGAGAUGUAGAAGAUGGCUCUUCAAAUAGUAUAAGAGAUUUAAUGGCUGCUUUGCCUAACGUUGAUGUUGACGAUCUCUUGGAUAUACCUAAAGUGUUUGAUUGUGAUGAUCAAACACUUCCGUGUGACCAUACAACAAAAUUUCGAACCAUGACAGGAUGGUGCAAUAAUUUAAAUAAUCCCGAGUGGGGGAAGAGCAUGAGAAUAUUUUCUCGCUUGCUUCCAUCUUCUUAUGCUGACGAUAUGAGUUCCCCUAGAAGUAAGGGCCGUUUGGGCAGCGUUUUACCCAGUGGCAGAGUUAUCUCAACUCAAGUGCAUUUUGAUGUUCAAGCGCCUCACGUGAGAUAUUCUAUGAUGAUAAUGCAGUGGGGACAAUUUUUAGAUCACGACAUAACUUUUACACCUAUGAAUUCCGCUAAUGGAAAACCACUGGACUGCUCGGAUUGUGAGUCUUCUAGAUCUAUCCAUCCUGAAUGCCUUCCGAUUAAAAUUCCAAUUAAUGAUCCUUUUUACCCUCCAAUUAACGUCACAACUGGCCGACCUACGUGCAUAUCAUUCGUCCGAUCUCUGUCAGGUCAACUGACACUUGGUCGUAGAGAGCAGAUAAAUCAAGUGACAGCAUUUGUUGAUUCUUCAAAUGUGUAUGGAUCUGACAGAUGUGAAGCACGAAUGCUAAGGACUUUCGUUGGAGGAAAGCUGAACGUUACAAAGCAUCCACAUGGUGCUAAAGACCUGUUACCUCAGACAAGUAAUCAUAAAGACUGUGUGGCACCUUCUGGGCUUUGUUUUGAAGCUGGUGAUUCAAGGGCUAGCGAACAGCCUGCGUUAGCAGCUAUUCAUACAAUAUUCAUGAGAGAACACAACAGAAUUGUUGCCAAACUCCAAAGAAUUAACCCGCAUUGGAGCGAUGAAAUGUUAUACCAACAUGGAAGAAGAAUUUUGUCUGCCAUCAAUCAGCAUAUCACUUACAAUGAAUUCACUUCAAGAAUACUUGGCAAAAGCUUCGCUAAUAAGUAUGAUCUACGCCCGCAGGUGGAAGGUUAUUACAAAGGAUACGAUCCCACAUGUGAUCCUACAGCUUUCAACGAAUUUGCUGCUGCUGCAUUCAGAUUCGGCCAUAGUCUUUUGAAGCCUGCAUUUGAUAGGCUCGAUCGUGGAUACCGUGUACUCAGCGAGCCUUUACAUCUGAGGAAAAGUUUCUUCAACUCGGAUAUGCUUUUCACACCUAAUGCAAUUGAUAGUAUCAUCAGAGGCCUUGCUGCGACUAGUAUGGAAACGCUGGAUCAUGCAAUAACUGAAGAGGUGACAAAUCAUUUAUUUGAAAAGAAACAAGUGCCCUUUUCUGGAAUGGAUUUAGCAGCACUGAAUAUUCAAAGAGCCCGAGAUCAUGGUAUAGCAGGCUAUAACGAAUAUCGAGAAUUCUGCAACCUUACUAAAGCAAAAUCCUUUGAUGAUUUAAUGAAAGAAAUACCAUCACAUAUUGUCGAAAGGCUUAAAAGUGUUUACAACCAUGUUGAUGAUAUCGAUUUGUUUUCGGGUGGUUUGGCGGAGAGAGCUUUGCACGGAGGUUUAGUGGGGCCUACAUUUGGAUGCAUUAUUGCCAAACAAUUCUCCUUGCUAAAGAAAUGUGAUCGAUUCUGGUUUGAAACUGCAAAUCCUUUACUUCGAUUUACGGAAGCUCAAUUAACAGAAAUCAGAAAAUCGUCUUUAGCCAAAAUUAUUUGCGACAACUCUGAUUCAAUUGACACUAUCCAAAGAAUGGUGUUUGAUCUUCCCGAUGCAUUCAUGAAUCCUCGAGUUUCAUGUAAAAGCCUUCCAUCAGUUGACCUGGAACAAUGGAAGGAGCGCGUCUCAUGCACAGUUGGAAAAGUUACUAUAGAUGUAGGAUCAGCAGAUAGAAUAUCGCCUUGCGUUAUGUGUACAUGCACCAAAGAAGGGCCCAUAUGUCAGUCUUUGAGAAUCAAUAACUGUUUUCACUUGGCGAGUUCAUAUUCCAAAGAAUCAGUAUUAGCUGAUCACGUGUGUAAAGUGCAAUGUGCUUAUGCAUUUCGAGCAUUUCCCCAAGUAGACAUCGCAAGGAAUGGUAGGCUCCUACAUAAUGGAGGUAGUAUACUAGGCUUUAGCACAUAAAAAAAUUAUGGAUUUUUUAUCAGUGCGUUUUCGUGGAUUGGCUGUAAAGAAAAACAGACUAUGCAAAGAACUGUUUAUGAAAGGUGUUACUUCCUGCGCUUAGGUUUCAACAAGGACAGCGAAAAGACCGGUUCAUUGCUAAUUAGAUUGGUUGGUGUAUUGUGAUAUGCAUGUAUUCAUUGAUUUCUGAAUUCAUUAUUUCAUGGAAAUCUUUUAAAAGCUGUAAAACUUCAAGUGUGAAUAUAAUGAAAUGUUAACUUAACAAUCGAAAUCCUUUGUUUCAGCUAGAAAAGGAAUUUUGUAAAUAGAAAAGUGAAGAAUCAACCGAAUUUUAUAAAUUUGAUCGUGUCGCCAUUUCAUCCCUGAAUUUCUUUUUCAUAUUCAUUUAAACGGAAAUUUUGCCUAUAAAUUGGUGUGAGAAAAGAAGUAAUUUAUAAAACACAAUUUUAUACUGAGGUACAUAAAGCAAUUGAUUAUCUUAAUCUAAAGUUUAAAUAGUGUAAUAAUUUAGGUAUAAAUUUUAGAUUAUCAAAAAAUAAUUUAAAUUUUAAAUAAAUAUAUUUAAAAAACAUUUUAAAAUUUAUUUUCAGAAUCUAUUUUGAAACGCUCAUUUUCUUAACAUACUUUUAAGGGAACGUUAAGCAGAUCCUGGAAAUCUACGCCAUAAGAAGAAGAUGUAUAUCUUGAAACAGCUGACUAUCACUUAAAAUUUUCAUACUUACUUUUGCGAUAUGAGUUGAGGAAAUUCUGCCAAAUUAUGAAUAUUUGUAAAGAAACGAUAAUAAUUAAGACACAAUAAUAAGCCGUUAUAUACUUAUACUAACUACUUCACUACUAGCUUUACUAUUUCACGCUUUUUAGAAUUCCUAUCUGUCUGCUUUAGAUUUUACAUUUUGAGAGGCUUAAGGGUCUGCAAUUAUAAUAUAUUUAUUUGUUAAGUUCUACAACUUCAAUAAUUACCUUUCUCGCAGGUUAAUUAAAUUCGUUAUUAUAUUAUUAUUUUCGAUAAAGUAUGAGGAAAUUUUAUUAUUUAUUUUUCCCGAGUUAAUAUUGCCUAGCUUCAAAAUGCUUUUUUUUAAACAAAAAUCUAACUUUUUAAAAUUUAAUUCUAUCUAAUUCUAUUCAUAUCAGGUUCUAUUUUUCGUAAGUCUGAAUUUUAUUUAUUAUUAACGGUUAGAAUUCCUGUGUUGUUACUCUAGUGCGAAUAUCAACAAAAGUAAAAUGGAAUAUAACAAUAUCAUUAACUAUGUUUAAACAACAUUUAUAUACUAAAGUCUUCUAAAAUAUACAUAUAAUGACUGUAAAAGUAUUCUAUUAAAAUAUAAUAUGUAACACAUAUUUGGAGAUAAGAUUUUAAAGAUGCCCUCCAAGCAAAGUUAUUUAUUCAUGUAUUUGGCAACACCUAUUUAUUACUUUGGAUUCAAAUGGUAUACGAUAAUUGAAUGGCAAAAGAAAAAAAAUCAUUAUCUAUAGUACCCUCAUUGAAAAUCCUGUAUUAUAUAAAAUAACAGGGUUUCACAUAGUGCCAGUAACUACUGCACAUUUCAAAAUUUAUAUAGCAAGAAAAUGUAAUAAUGUUGUUUGAGCUUUUCAGUAGAUCAAUAAGCAUGAUUUUAUAGAAAAAAUUAUUAAAUAUUUAUGAAUCUAUCUACUUUGAAAUAAAAUAUUUCAGCGAUAUAUGUUUCAAAGCUUUUAAAAUUUACUGUAGAAUAAUAUACUAUUUAGUUUUACAGUUUUCUUAACAAUAGCACAAUAUUCAAUUUCAUAAUCCUCUUUUAAAACAAAAUAUUAAGUUUUGUUGAACUACCUACAUAUAUAUAUAUAUAUAUAUAUAUGCAUAUGCAUAUAUAUACAUAUAUGCAUAUGCACGCAUAUGCUCUGAAACUUACUUUAUAACUGCUUUCUAAAUUAAAACAAUGGCCGCUACUAUGCAUCACUUUGGGCCUUACAAGCUUAAACUGGAGCAAGAAAUAUUUUAUUUAAAUUAUUAGACUUGAAAAUUCAGCAAGCACUUAAGUUUGCUUGAUUAUUUUUUGUUACGUACGAUGUAAGUGAUACUGACAAAAUCCAAGAAAAGUUUCUUUUAACGCAGUUAUUAUUUAUUCACAAGCCUUUACGAAUUUGUACACUUUUGCGUUAAUUUGUUGUUUAUUUCGAUAAAAUUUUGUUUCUUGUUUGUCCAUUGUUUGUCAUUUUUUCGAACUGUGCCUUAUACAGCAUUUUGUUUUGAUUCAACAUUGUAAAUGAAAAUAAAUGUUAAUUUUUUAAA